AUGUCCCACCAGGGCAGCACUUUUCGGGAACAUCUUCCCGACUUGAGCAUUGCAAGAUUCACCACCAUGCAGAAACAGAAUGCGCACGAGUAUGCCCAGGCAUUCAAGAGCAGUGGCCAGCCACCUUGGCUUCAUGGCCUAUACCUACACUGGAGGAGACUCUUCGAGGAGCCUUACAAAGGCAUCACCAAUGACGGCAAGGUCCGCGAUGGCCUCUACCAGCUCCAAGACGAAGGGGUUCCGAUAGAAGCCAUCACCUCAGCGGCAAACGCCAUGCUCGACAGGUUAUCUGAGAGCCAGAGGAAGGUAACCUGUUAUCACAUCGACUCCCCAGAAUGGCGAUCCUGGUCAAAUCCAGAGUUUCUUCUCAGCGAUAAAGGCAUUCGCCUUGAUGAAAUCACCGCCGAGCUCAGAGAGGACGUUCUCGGAGUGCUCAAGACAACGCUCUCACCGGCAGGGUACGAAAAGGCGGUGGGCGCUACGAGAGUCAACCACUUUCUAGGAGAACUCGUGAAGUCUCCGGCUAUUAUGAAUGAGUACUCAUACAACUUUGUUCUCUUCGGCCAGCCUUCGAAGACCCGGCCAUGGGGCUUCUCCUUCUACGGCCAUCAUCUCUGUUUAAACAUUUUUCUCCAUCAGACUCAAAUCAUCAUCUCUCCAUCGUUCAUAGGAGCGGAACCCAACCUCGUCGACCAGGGCCCCUACAAGGGGACCAGAAUCUUGAACAAGGAAGAAUCACUUGGUUUGAGGCUGAUGCAGGACCUGCCAAAGGACCAACAGGCCAGAGCGCAGGUGUAUAAGCUCAUGAAAGACCCUGCCAUGCCCCAUGGUCGAUGGAACCAUGAUGACCAACGCCAUCUGUGUGGAGCGUACCGCGACAAUCGGGUCGUUUCCAACGAGGGAAUCUUAGUGUCCCAGAUGACGGGUUCACAACAAGACAUGGUUCUAGCUAUCACGGAAGAGUUCCUUAUUUAUCUACCAGAGCGGGCCCGCCAACUCCGGCUAGAGCAAGUUAAGAGCUUCUUUAGCGAGACUUAUUGGUGCUGGAUCGGAGGAUAUACGGAUGAGGAUCCAUUCUACUACCGCAUCCAAAGUCCAGUCAUUAUCAUCGAGUUUGAUCACCAUUCCGGCGUCUUCUUGAAUAACCCGGAACCCGCCAAGUUCCAUAUCCACACUCUGCUACGAAUGCCGAAUGGGGGUGACUAUGGGAUGGCGCUGAGGCCUUUGAUAAAGGGGCAAGAGCAGGCAUUCCUUUGGGAGGGAUGA